GCGUUCAACCAGUGUUGAGUUUAGAGGGUCUCUCUCUACCGGGGUGACAACAGGAGCAAACCGAAGGGAAGUAGUAGCAGCAACAAAAAAAAACACCACCACUUUUCAUCCUUUUCACCUGCUGGAUACGUAACUCGCCCUGGAGUUGGAUUAACUUAUCACCACUCUUUUUUAGUUUUUCUUUUUAAUUUGCUUUAGAAGACAACAGAAACUCACAACAGAAGACAAUGGGAUCCCAGGCAUCCAAAGGAGACGUGGCCGCGGAGGCGAACGCUGCUGCUGCUGAUGGUGCAGCUGUCAAAACCAAUGGCCAGGAGAAUGGACACGUGAAAACCAAUGGUGACGUCUCCACAAAGCCUGAUGGGGAUGCUGCUGCCACCAAUGGCUCAGCCGAGGCAGCCAAGGAGCCUGAAGCCAGCGCUGGAGGAGACGCCAUCGAGCCGGCGCCCGCUGCUGAUGGAGAGGCGGCCAAACCCGAAGGAGGCGAGGCUGCGGCCAAGGAGACCCCCAAGAAGAAGAAGAAGAAGUUCUCCCUGAAGAAGUCCUUCAACUUCAAACUCAAUCUGAAGAAGACCAAGAAGAGCGAGGCUGUCAAAGAGGAACCGGCUGCUGCUGCUGCUGCCGCCGCCACCGCCACCGCCACCCCCACUGAGGAGAAGGCCGCUGCCGCCGAGAACGGAGCCGCUGCUCCCGCAGAGGAGAAGAAGGAGGAGGUGAAGGAGGAGGCUGCUGCUGCUGGUGCUGCUGCCGCUGCACCCGAGGCCCCAAAGGCGGAGGAGCCGGCUAAAGAGGAGGCCCCCAAGGAGGAGGCCAAGGAAGCAGCUGCCCCGGCCCCCGAGGCCACGAAACCAACAGAGGAGAGCAGCUCGACCCCCGCUCCCUCUGAAAAGAAAGAGUGAUUGUACCUAAAAGCUCACAAUGAACUGGGUGAACUGUUUUUCAAGAGAGAGAGAGAAAAUUUAAAGAGUAUAUAUAUAUAUAUAUUUAUAUAUAUAUGUGUAUAUGUAUACAUAUGUAUAUGGAUAUAUGUAUAUGUAAAUAUAUACACAUGUAUGUGAGAGACUCCUUCGACGUGCCACUUUUCGUCAUGAUAACAAGACGACAGACUAGAUUCACUAGAUCACUUCCCUGGUUACUGCUCGACAUCUGGACCUGGACUGAGUUUUUAGGUUGUGGGGUUGGUUCGCUAUGUGGAAAGUUGGAUUUUAAAUGGCUAGAACGCGAGCUGAUGACACCAUGAAGUAUAGACGGAUGAAGGAUGGAGCAUCUUUUCCCUAAAAAAAUCUGCAGAUCAAGAUGCCUCCUUUCCUGAAGGAAUGAAGCUAGAUAAGAAACUAGGACACCACCACCACUUGAAAUGACUGUUGAAUAGAGCAAAAAAAAAAGAAAAAAAAUGAAAUCAGAAAAAUUAAAGAGACUCGCCAACUUUUUACAUUCCUAUAUUUUAACCCAAAUUUGAAGUAUUUUGUGGUGUAUUAUAGAGAACCAUCUUAAAGAUUCAGAGAAGCUAUUACUUGUUUGUUUAAAGAGAAAAAAAAAUAGACAACUUUGAUUUUUACCUUACUAUGAAAAAAAGAACACUUAAGCUUGCUAUGUUCACUGUUGCGGUUUGAUAUGAAGCAGAGUUGUUUAUCUGUCGUAUGUGAGCCUGAAUCUGCUUUGUCUCUGUAAAUACAUUGGAUUGAUUUCUGUUCUUUAUUUUGCUAAUGUUGACAGAUGUUACUGGUUUUAUUGUAAAGUUGAUAAUGGUAAAUAAAUGUUGGUUACCUGCCCGUU